UAUUAAAUGUAUGAAAUGUUUAGUAUUGUCGGCGAAUUACUCCGCUUGGAAAGCAAAAGAUUCGCGAUACGUUGCGGCAACGCAUGUAAUUUUUAUGUGGAAAUGAUUUCCUGACGUGUUAUAAAACCGAUGCAGAGUGAACUGUGCUCUCGACGUUCGAUCGUUCUAUCAAAUUACAAAGACGUAUACAAAUAUGUAAAUCCUCGCGUCGAAUUUACAAAGUUAAACGAAGCGAUAAUCUUGCCGAAUAAGCCGACUUCCGCGAUGACAUCAACGUUACCGGAGGAAGAUAGCAAGGUGGCAAAAAUGAAACAGAGACUGAUGAGCAACGGCCAUGUAAAAGAGGAAAAGCGUUCCUUCCUGAAUUUCUCGCGAGAAAACUUGAGCGUCUCAAAUUCCGAUCUUGAGCAAGGAUUCAACAGAUCGCGACAAAGACCGAGCAGGAACAUGAUUUUGAAUGUGUCCGCUCUCAUGAUCUCCAUUCUUUGCCUCGGUCUUGUAAGUUGGAAGCUGAGUUCGAACGCGCGGGAAAUCGAGCAGCUGAAGAGGGAUGUCAAUAACUUGAAGCGAUUUCUGGAACUAAAUCUUAUUAACGAAAUAAAAACCCUCAAAGAAUUGUACGCAGAGUCGAGCGAAGAUAAUGAUCCAAGCGAGGCGGACAUUGAUAACGCCGAUUAUGACUCUAAUUAUGAUGACGAUGGUUUCGCAUCGCAUGACUAUACCGAUAAUUCCCGUCUUUUGACUUAUGGCUCUAGGUCGGUAGACUUUCUGAAAACUACUACUACAUCGGUACCUACGUCCAUGGAUCCUCAUAAGGCUAUUGUUGAAAACAAAGAAGAAAAUUACAAAAAUAUCAAACAAGAAAAUCUUGAGGACACACGACGUCUUGAGGAACACACAACAUCAUUAAAUCGCGAGAAGAUUGACGAUGCAAAUAGCACAGAGCACAAACGCGACAUCGCCACGAGAGAUAUAUCUGCGAGUACAGGAUAUAUUAAAGAAAGUAUCAAAUUAAAACGAUCUAUAAGCGAUCAUACAGUGGCCGAUGACUCUUUGAUGAAUACGUCGAAUUAUCAUCGUGCCGGACAAUAUCCUACUAAGAAGGCUCUCCUAAAUAUAUCCAAAACGCGUCCUUAUACAAACGAUGAUAACCACAUAAAUAAUAAUACUAAAAUAAUCGCACUUUUGGAACAGACGAGCUCAACACCACAUUCCCCGAAGAAGUAUCACACCCACGCACGUCUGGAGACAUUUCCUCCAAUGCACGACGACCAAUUAAGCGAGACAAUUACUCGGCCUAACAACCAUAUGAGCGAAAACUCAGAAGCUGUAAGUGGAAGAAUCAAUUGGCGGAACGUGCAUCGCGAUAUCGAAGAAACCGACGUAUCUAUUCAGAAUUUCAAAGUGGCCAAAAAGGAACGCCGAAGAUUGACACGAAGACAUUUACGUGCACCACGGCAGGUUUACGCCAUUCAUUACGGUGCGGAUAGCGCGCUCUUCACGGCGGAGGACGAGCACACCGGCAACGGGAGAGCGCGACACAACCACGAUAUCUUCAAGGCAUGGCGACCAAGCGAUUGGGUGGCUGAUCUCGAUAUGAACAGACACUUUACGCUCGCCACUAGCGGUACUCUCACUGUGCACGAACCAGGAUUGUAUCUAGCAUACGCGCAGAUUCACUAUUUGGACGAGCACGACGAAAACGGCUUCCGCCUCCUAGUCAACAACCAAUCUAUUCUACAAUGCAUGGUAUAUAGCCCUGGCAAGGAACACAAGAGCCGCUCAUGUUUUUCAGCCCAAGUGACUGUUCUGCAGGCAGGUGAUCACCUAAUCCUGAAAAAUAUUGGUUCAGCAAGGUAUACUCUCUUUCAACACGAUAAAAGUUUCUUCGGCUUGGUGAAACUCGGAGAAUUGAGACAGCAACAGAAGCAUCAAACACAAUUGACAAAUCACUAAAUUAAAACGCUUUAAAAUUACCGGCAAUGUUAAAAAAAUAACCGAUUUGUAGUCAUCGAUUUCUUACCCUUAAAAGGGAGCUUUAAGUUAGCGAGAGAUUCGUAUCUAAUGUAAUAUAACAGUCUUUCUACUCUCGCGUGAACUAUAUUAUUAAUAAUUUCGUUUUGUAAAGAGAUUAUAUUAUUUCUUUGCUAUAAGACUUUUUAUAUAUUUUAUGACUUGAUUAUUACGUGCUGCACGUUAUUUUUGUUUACAUAAAGAGAAUCUCCAAAUAUUUGAAUUCGUUUAUAAAAUAUUAUAUAAAAUAUGUAUGUACACACAUAUAUAUAGACAUAUUUGUAAAAGAAAUAAUAAUAUAUACAUAUAUAUUUAAGAACAAAGAAAAAAAAUGUAUUAUUAAAAUAGUAAAACUAUUUGUAUAGAA